AUGGGUUGGUUCGACGAUAGAAUCCACGAGCUCUUUUUCCGGGUCGGAGUCAACGUGCACAAAGUGGGAUUCCUCCCUCUCUCCGCUCAAUUAACCAGCUAAAAGUUUCCAGUUCCGAUUAUAUUUCCUCUUCCUCUCAUUUGCAAUCCUCACAUUUUCCGCCUUCGGUUUUCUGUGGUUCGAAGAACAGGUAUGUCCUUUUUUGUGUUUUGGGCGACGGAUUUUUGGGACCGCUUUGCGCUUUUGGCCUUAAAUAACUAUAUCUCCAGAUGUCAUAAUCCAAUCGGUCUCAAAAUUUAGACCCAUGAUACUUCAAUCUAAACAGCAUGACAAAGUUUGAAACGGGUUAAUUUUUGCGUUCAUUUACAUGUUCAACCUAUUUGAGACGACCAACGACCCGCAGUACGUGUUCUCGCCGGCCAACGCACCAUGGCGAUACGAAAGAGCCGUGCUCACAGAGCAUUGGCCACUGGACGAGGAGAAGUUUUGGCCGGGCAAAAGCUACGAUCUGCGUGGAUACGUGGAUGUGAUAGCGGCCGGGAGAGUUCAUCCGGAUUACGGUAGACCGAAUAUUCUGAACAUUCGGUACUUGGAUGAGGUGGCCAGGAUCAACGACUACAUCAUUCACAACUUGACACUUCCAGUUGAUAUUGAUGGAAAGCAUUACGAGGUAUUUCUGAUUGUACAAUAUUGAAAAUUAAUUUUUUUAAAUUCAGAUCGCGUACACAGAUUUGUGCAUGCGCUAUGACUGGGCGUGCUAUUUGAACGAUCACAUAACCAUGUUGAUGCCGAAAACGCGUUGGGGUAACUUCUCGGGGCCGUUCGCUGAAUUCGCCAGUGACAUCAUCAAUACACAAGUGAGAAUUUCACGAGAAUCGAAUCAAAUCAAAUGUUUCGCAUUUUGAAUCAAUUUGAAGGUCAACAUCACGUAUCCGAUCGGCUGGCGCGGAACCGAACCGAUCUAUUUCGGAGCAUUGGUCGGAGCGCCGAGUCUUGUCGACGAGGAGGGUCAUUUCGACUACGCGUCGGCCAUCAGACUGACCUAUAAUACGAGGGAGGGAAGUGUGGACAAGUUCGGAAUCGAAUGGAGGCGGAAACUGGCAAAGUGGCUGACGGACAAGGAGAAUCCGGCGUCCGAGCUGCUCGAGUUCGGCAUCAAUCACAACAUGACUCUGCCGGAGGGACUGCAGGACGUGGCCGACACUCUCGCGCCCAAGUUCGUCGGCACCUGCGCCAUCCUCUUCACCUUCUCUUUCCUGGUCUCUGUGGUGCUCCGACGGCACAGUGCCGGACAGGUGAUGAUCGAUUGGGUGAGGAGUAAGCCGAUUGUGGCGGCCGCCGGACUCAUGACUCCCAUCAUGGCCACUGUCACCUCGUUCGGGCUCAUUCUCUGGUGCGGACAGCUGUACAACGCCAUCGUGAACGUGUCUCCUUUCCUGAUCCUUUGCAUCGGAAUCGACGAUCUAUUCAUCAUGUCCGCCGAAUGGCAUCGAACGAAUCCGAAACAUUCGGCCGAGCAACGAAUCGGACACACUCUUUCCGAGGCGGCAGUCGCCAUUUCCAUCACUUCCAUCACUGAUAUUGUGAGUUCCUUUUCAAUUUACAGUUCCUCCAAUUCUCUAUUCAUCAGACAACAUUCGCAGUCGGCUGCUGGACCACUCUUCCGGGAGUUCAAAUGUUCUGCAUGUACACGUGUGUCCAGUGCUUCUUCUGUUAUGUCUAUCAGGUAACUUUUUGACUGAAAAUUGACUAAAACCCCUCACUUUUUCAGAUAAUCUUCCUCGGACCCGUGCUCGCCUACGCGGCCGAAAUGGAGCAGAACGAUCAGCACGCGUUGCUAUUCCGAAAGGCAGUCGAUCCGGAGAAAACGGAGAAUAAGUGGAAGCUCUGGCUGCUUUCAGGAUCUGUGAAUCGGCAGAAUCAGGAUGUGCACAGAAGAGCGAGCAGACGACAGACGGAAGAGGAAGAGGGAAAGAAGUCAAGGUUGGGGGAGAUGGUAGCGAAGUUGGAGCAGACUCUCGAGAAGCAUGACGAAGAGCCGGGGCACAAUUCGGAAGAGACACUCGUCAGCAAAGUGUUUCGAGAGAUUAUCGGACCGUUUAUUUUGCAGAGGAGCACACAGGUCAUCAAACAUUUCCGGCUCCGAACCUUUCAAUGUCUUCUUCUUCUCUUCAGGUGUGCGCUUUUCUCAUCUACCUCGUCUACAUUUCAUUGGCCAUCGGCGGAUGCUUGAACAUCAAAGAAGGUCUCGAUCCGAAACUUCUCGUCCGUGAGAGCUUCUACCUUUCCAAAUUCUACGAAAUUAUCGAUGAGACAUUCUGGAGAGAGGGCCUUCAAAUGCAAGUGGUGGUCAACCGGCCGCCCGAUCUUUUCGAGCCGGAAUCCAGGAAAAUGUUCGAUCAAAUGAUGCACGGUUCGUAGGGAAUACUGGGAAUCAGUCGUAGUUUCAAUUUUUCCAGACUUCGAAGGAACCCAGUACACGAUGAAAUCCAACGCGACCAUGAUCUGGGUGCGAGCCUACGAGACCCAUUUGGAGACGGAGCUAAACGAUCUGAACAUCCAGAAGCCGAACACCUCUUCCGAGUGGUACCACAGAUGCCGCGACUGGCUCGUCGUGGCCGGCGGACGUCGUCUCUGGCAGAUGGACAUGGUGUGGGCGAACACGUCAUUCGAGGAGACUCCGCGAGUGACGGCGUUCCGCUUUCAACUCGGACUCCGCAACUACCGUACGCCCACUGAUCACACUCAUUCGUGCAAGCUGAUGCGCUCGAUCGCGGACAAGUAUUCCGUGUUCAACGUCACCACUUUCCACGAAUAUUAUCCGUUCGCCGAUCAGUAUCUCGAAUUGACGCCUUCGCUCUUCUGGAAUAUGCUUCUGGAUCUGUCCACCAUCCUCGUCGUCUCCUACAUAAUGGUGCCCGAGUGGCGGUGUGCCAUUGGAAUCGUUAUCUCGAUUGCCAGCAUCAACGUGGGCGUGCUCGGGUUCAUGUCGUUCUGGGGCGUGAAUCUGGACAGUGUCUCCAUCAUCACCGUCAUCAUGUGCAUCGGAUUCGCUGUCGACCUGUCCGCCCACAUCGCCUACGCCUUCUCGCAGAGCUACGGAACCUCGCACACUCGGGCGGUCGCCGCACUCGAAACCCUCGGCUGGCCUGUCUUCCUCGGCGCUUCUUCCACUGUGCUCGGCAUCCUUUUGCUCACUCUCGUCGAUUCUUAUAUUGUGCAGAUCUUCUUCAAAACCGUCUUCCUCGUCAUCAACUUUUCCAUUCUUCACGGCCUCGUUUUCCUGCCCAUCUUCCUGAUGAUAUUCGUUAAGGAACCUAGGGUGAAUUGAUCCAAACAUUUCUCUAAUGCCAUUUCUUCAAAUUCAGCUCAAAAAACAACAAGCAGCAGACAGUUCGAACAACAAUGAGAAGUCAAAACCGGAACAGAUGCAGAUCGCCGCUUGA